GCCACAAGUGUGCUUUUGUUGAGUCUACCGGGUAGAGGCAGCUGGAGGUCCCAUGGCAGCCAGAAGGACGAGAGGUAUGACCGGGCCGGAUGUGAGCAGGAGCACCGUGGCCCGGGCCGCCAGUAUAGCCGAGCAGCUGCGAUAUGAGUGCUCCAUCUUACUGGAACUUUAUAGAGAGAAGGAGAGUUUCACUGCUGAUGUUUUGGUUGAUGGUCGCCUGGUGUCCGUCGCUCCUCCUUCCUCGCAGCUGGACACCAGGGACAAGCUCUGGCGUCUCCACUCAGCUCUGAUGCAGUGCCGCAGCCUGCUGGAGAGAGCCAUCGCCAGAGAGGAGGAGGAGCUGGGCGGCGGGAAGAAGGGUGACUAUGAGACCCAGAGGAAGAUGGUGAAGGACAGGUUGUCGUAUCUCUUGAUCUGCACCGGAGAACUUCUAAAAACUGCUGGUGGCGCGGCGCUCCUGACGCCCAGCUUGGAGGGAUUAGAGUUAGACGGUCCCACUGCGCUGUUUGAGCUGAAGCUUUGGGUGUACCGGAUCUUCAAAGAGGUGGACUACUGGACCAAGACCGCCAUCACCACCUUGGAAGCCCUGCCCUCGGUGAUAGCCAAGGAGCGAGUGAGGACCUCGAGAGUCAGGACCACAAGAAGCACUCGGAGAUAGACAUCAGGAGUGUGUGAGAGCGAAGAAGACAAAUAAGAGGAUAGGGACAGAAAGAAAAAGGUGAGUUUAGGAAUAACAAGAUAAAGAAAGGUGUUCAGCCUCGGGCCAAAGUGAGAAAGGUGUAUUUAUAUGAAAAUGUCCAGCUGAGUGAGACACAGAUCCCUACAGGGAGAUGAGCGGGAUGGGUAUUUAUAGAUCAUGAGACUACCUUCACAUGAACAGAUGCUUGGGACAGAGUGCGGAGCAAACCUUGUUAUCAUAGCUGAUAACAACAAUUAUGAUACAAGUAAUGCAGAGUCUGUACUUCUUCUAUUUAUUGAUUACUUUGUUAGGGGAAAUGCAAAAAUAAGAUUCAAUUCAGAGUUAAGAACAAAGCUUUCUUUCUUUUUUCUUUCUCUGGUUUUGGUAUUGAGAAAGAACAUUUUAUUUUAUUAACAGCAACUCAAAAAGCAUAGAAAUAUUGUUUUCUCACUUGCUUUCAUCGACAUACUGUACAUGCUUUCCUUUGAUACUGCAGAAGUUUUUUUAAUAUAAAUAUACUGGCCAGGAUUCACUACAGCUGACAGAGUAAACAGUGAGCAAGGGGCACAUUCAGAUCAUAAUGAGAACAUUUGAAUUCAUCCCGUGGUGAGACUGUAGCUCUGAUUUGUGUAGUUUUAAAGGCUAUAAAUCAUUCCACAUAAGUUAUUAUCUGGGGAUGUUCAGUGCAUGAAGGGGGGAAAUGUGUCCAACAGCACCCUCUAGUGUUUACAUUGAUACAGUCUUUCUUUCUUGAUUGACCUCAGUAAAUACUUAAGUAUUAAGUAAGUUAUUAUAUGUUCUUUUAGUUUUAUCAUGUUUUUAUGGCACUUACUGAAGCUAUGUCACAGACUUUAGGAAGCAACAAUUGAUAUGCAACAUCAGUAGUCAAAACUGAUAGACAUGCACAUGGGCACAUACUGUAAGCAGGCAGUGUUGAAGACAUUCAACUUCAAUAGUAGCAGUCUGCCAACUUAAGUGACUACUUUUGUUCAUUUGUGAUACGGAUUUAAUUGUUUGAAAAAAGCAAAACAAAUAUUGUUUAAUGCAUAUAGUGAAAUGGAAAAGGCCAAUUUUCACUGUUACAUUAUGUUUAUCUCCAUGUUAGGAUUACAAGCCCAACAAGAGCAACAUACAAAUGAUGUUCUGUAUUGCAACAGUCUAUAUUAACAAUGUAUUACAUCUUUAAUGGGUCACUCUGAAUUCAGCCUGCUCAUAGUUAAUAUAACAAAUAAUCCCGUAUCUAUCUACUGGGCAGUUGAAGCUUCAGUGCUAUUACAAAUGCAUAGUUGUUAAGUUAACUUGUUGCAACUUGGUAAAUAGUAGAAAACAGAGAAAUUAUUACAAAAGAUGGUCUUCAGGAUGCCUGUUAGUUAUCUACUACUACUACUAUUACUACUACUACUACUACUACUACUACUACUACUACUACUACUACUACUACUACUAGCUUCAGAUUUGAAAUGAUUUAGUGUAUUUUUGGUUGUGCCUUGUCACAUGCAUGUAUUUCCUAGGUUACAGGCUGAUACAUUGUUGGUAAAUAAACUGGGAGUACAAACAGAUCUUUGUGAGAUUGAUAAAGGGUACUCCAAACUGUUUUCAGGGUUCUGGAAACAGAAUGUUAUUACUGCAAAGCAACCUGAAUGCUUUCUGUGGUUUGACCUGAGUUGCCUUGAUUCAUUUUAAGGAUGAUAUGUAAACCCUAAGAAAAUAAGAGCUACUGUUCAUGUUUUGCAUUAAAUGAAGAAUGACAAGACUUCCUAAAGCACAAAGGCAUCCUAAAUACCACAGAUGCAGCACUUUUAAUGUGAUAUACUGUAAAUGAAUUUUCUCAUAUAUUGCAUUGAUGUUCUGUGUAUGGGUUUGCGAUGUACUAUAUUUCCUCCUUUUCGUCUGCUCAGAUGAUGAGCUAUGUUUGUUCCACACAGCACAUCAAUCUUAUACAACUUUUGUUUUAUUUUUCCAAAAUAAUUGUCUAGCUCUGUUCUCUGUUUUGAGUUUUGUUUUGGACCCAGACCAGGAAUAGUCAAAGAGAAGAGUUAUUAUAGACCAAAUUUGACCAAAAACGAAUGAAAACAAAUGCAAGCAUGAAGCUAUAUGUGCUAUAAGAGAAGAUGAAAUAUGAAAAAUGGAGUUCAGUUUGAAUUACACAUUUAUAAAUGUCAAGGUUUCAAGACAAUAAAAUACUUUAUAUAGUAUGUGGCCGCAUUUAACCUUGGAAAGUUUUCAUGUCGGAACCUUUUUUAUUCUCUGUUUACACAACUGAGAAAUAAAUUGAAGAUUUUGGCAGUACUUGUUGCAAAGUAUUCCACUAAGACUGGGACUACUGGACCAACAUAUUGGUCUCACUGACAUGAAUGAGGCUGCAUAUCUUUAACGCAGUGCUAUUGUUGGUUUGAAUGCAGCCUCGGAGCCUAGUAGCUUUACUGGGAAACUGAGUGCUUACAGGUUCCGAUAGCUUCAUAUUUCAACCCUCCGUUUUUCAGUUUGAACCACACACAUGAUCUCUCAAUCAGUGAUUGACAUACACAAGACAACCAUUUGAAGUCAGUCCUCUUCCUUUAGAUUACAGGAUUUACAGUAUGGGGAUUACAUUCCUGGAAAAUAAAAUGUUUUAUUUAAGUUUGUGGUAUUUAUUGAUUUAUUUCCCAAGUCGUUUACACUUUUACUGUUUGUGUCUUCUCUACGAGUGUAGUUUGCUGCACCACUAGGGGACCUCGCUUUUGACCCUAUUGCAGAGAGUUCGCUGUAGACAAAUGGCGCAAUGCACAAAGAGAGGAUUAGGUUCCCAUCGCAUCUGUCUAUAAGCAGUGAUCAUACUGUAGGAAACUGCCACACUCGUGAGAGUUGUCACAACAGUGGUGGGAUUUUAAAAUGUUAGAGACUGUAUGAUCAACAGUUUGUCUCAUUUCUUUUUCUUCUCUUUUGCUGUCUAUCAUUGGAGUUUAUAGUCAAGCAGCAAUAAUCCUCAUUCUGCAAACGUGGCUUUAUCUGUGCAACUAUUGUCUUCCUGGAAAUACUUUUUUCCCUGGAUAAAAUGUUGACACAAGAGACCAGACACUAGAUCUAGAUUUGAUCUUUGGGCAGACAUUUUUGUUUUGUUUUUGCAUCAGUGUAGUCCAAAAUCAUCCUUGGUGUGACAAAUGUAAUCUGUCUUUUGGAAUGAAAACCAUUUUCUCUAGAGGUUUUCAAGUAAAGCCCCUUUCAGGCAACUCAUCUGUAAUAUAGCUAUCUUUCUGACUUUUAUAAGACCUGUGGAAAAGUUUAACUUCAACUUAAUUCACACAUUACAGGACACAUAAGGAUGGAUAGAGCAAUGCUACUACUAAAAAUGUAGUCCACGUUCAAAUCACAGCGCUCUAAUGCCUAAUUUGGCUCGACUCAACUCACUCUUGUUACCUGGUCCUUUUCUCUAUUUCGUUUUCUACCCUCUAAUGUAGGCAGGAUUGUUAACUAUUUGUCAUAGCGACACCUUGUUAAAUGUCUGAGAUCAUUUCAAUGCAACAUUGGCCAAAAACCAAACAGAUUAAUGUCUACACUCUGUGAAGUGAGCUGUAAUGAGGUGUUGCCUAGUACCUUCCACAACUUUUUCCAAUGGAAAAUCAAAAAAAGGCGAAUUGAGUUGAGUAGAGCCGUGCCAUCUCAUGUUAAAACUAUGUUUUAAUUAGGGAUUGGAUUCUAGAACCAACUUCAAAUUGUCCGAUCCAUCCGAAAUGUUGCCUGCCACCCUCACCCUGGAUGCUGCGUUCUGGCCUUUAAGCACAUAUUUGUUCUCAUGUUCAAAUGUCAUUAAGCAGACAUUUUACAUUGGUUCAGUCUCUGAGAUGACUAUGAAGCUGCGAUGAUGGUAAAAAACCUUUGUAGGACUACUUUAAGAGAAAAUAACAUUUUAUCAGGAAUCAAUAAAGAAAUGGAUGAAAACUUCAAAUGUUACCUUAAAACAAAAAACAAUGCCCUUAAAAUUGGCAGAUAAUGUACACAUCACAAAUGAUUUUUUUGUCUAAAAGGGGCUUACAACGUUAUAGG